CUCUCUCUCUCACACACACACACUCACACUCACCCACUCAUUCAGAUAUGAAUAGCUGCUGACUUCUCACACAGUAGCAGAGUGGAGGAGUAGAGGUAUAACUGACGAGGCCAGUGGAAAAAAAAGGAAGAGAAAAUAGUGGAAAGUUGAAUUCCUAACGCGUGGAUUAAGACAAACAGAGCUUUCGUGAAAGACGAGACCAACCCGAGGAGGAAUCAUCUGGGAACCCGACUGGAAACUUUUGAAAAGAAGAGAGCUUUGUUCUCAGAUAGAGAUUUCAAACCGCUUUAAGUGAAAGUCAGACUGACGGGAAUCUCCGACGCUUUACUGGAAUACAGAUUUCCUUUGGGAUAAACAGACUCGAGUCUGACGGCAUGUUUCCUAACAUGGAGCUGAAGUGGGCACUACUUCUUUUGGGUUUUUUCCUGUCGUCUAGUGAGUCUGAUGGUGAAUGUGGCAUUGGAUUCAAAAAAAUAAAAAGUAGCUGCGAAGAUGAAAAUGAGUGUGAGACGCCAAAUCGGUGUGGUGAAAAUGCUCAGUGUGUAAAUACAAAUGGAAGUUACUAUUGCACCUGUGAUGAAGGAUUUCGAUCAAAUCCCCCCAAUUUCACAGCAGCAACAGCAGGACAGUGUGUCGAUAUCAAUGAGUGUACUGAGAAUACACACACAUGCUCAACAGAUCGGGUGUGUGUGAACACCAUUGGCUCUUAUAUCUGCACAUGUCCUAAAGGAUAUCGUGGACAAAGACUAGACUCAUCAUGUGAAGAUGUGGAUGAGUGUGUGUCCUCAGUGUGUGGAGUUCACAGGCGUUGCAAUAACACACUUGGCAAUGUCACCUGCAUCUGUUCUCCAGGGUUUGAUACACACGAGAACAACACCUGUACAGACAUCGAUGAGUGUAAAGAUCCAGAUGUUUGCGGCACAAACGCAAAUUGCAGAAAUCUUCCAGGCAGCUUCAUCUGCGAAUGUCACUCGGGUUACAGUAACUACGGCAACAACCAGUCAAAAUGCACCGAGAUGAAAUGUGACGAGUUUAAUGUUGAGACUGAAAUGGAGGAAAAGUUGAAGGAUUUACUGAUGCUGUUGAAGAACAGCUGUGAGUCUCUCAGAGAUACAGAUGGAGGCCGUCAGACCGGAGAACAGUUGCUGGAGAACCUGUUCACCUCCACUGAUGAUCUGCUGUCGGACGGAAACAUCGCUGACGGCGAGGCGUUGAGUCAGUUUCUGUUCGCCGUGGAGAACAGCAUGCGUCUGAUUGGACCUCAGCUUAAAGAGCCUGUGACCAGGAUGGAGACGCACAACACCAUCGCUGAGGUUGCAGUCAGGCGGGGUCAGACUCCGCCCAGUGGGCGUGUCACUCUGAGCUUAGACUCCGCCCUCCUCAACUCCAGCUGGGAAACAGUUGUAGGGAAAUCAUAUCCAGGUUUUGCGUUUGUGGCGCUGGUCAGUUAUAAAGAUAUGAGCUCAUCCAGCGAUCAGUUUCACACGAUGAGCAGAGAGAAAUCAGACGAUGAAGAGAGAAACAUCACUUAUCAACUCAUCUCCAAGGUGGUGACGGCCGUCGUCAGUAAUCCAGACACCGAACAGCUGUCGGAGCCGGUGACGCUCAUCUUUACACACGAGCAGGAGAGGGCGGAGUCUGAGGGCGUGGCUUAUUCCUGUGUGUACUGGAAUGAGGCUGAGGGGGCGUGGUCUGGGCGUGGCUGUAAGGAGGCGUGGUCUAACAGCACUCAUACAGCGUGUUCCUGCACUCAUCUCAGUAGUUUCGCUGUACUGAUGGCCCUUUAUCCCAUACAGGACUCGUUUGAGCUGGUGUUGAUCACUCGUGUGGGUUUAGUUCUGUCUCUGCUCUGUUUAUUUCUCUGUAUCCUGACGUUUCGGUUCUGCCGCACGAUCCAAGGAACCCGAAACAGCAUUCAUCUUCAUCUGAGCGUGUGCCUCUUCAUCGCAGACCUCGUCUUCCUCUGCGGGAUCUCCAGCACUCACGAUCGGGUUGGGUGUGGGAUUGUGGCCGGGCUGCUUCAUUUCUUCUUCUUGUCUGCGUUCUGCUGGAUGCUGCUGGAGGGGGUUCAGCUCUACCGGAUGGUUGUGCUGGUGUUUCACACCACAUUAAAACAUGUCUACAUGUAUGCGGUGGGAUACGGAGUCCCUCUCGUCAUCGUCAUUAUCUCUGCCAUCUCUUAUCCGCGGGGAUACGGCACCGAUCAACACUGUUGGCUCGCUCUUGAAUUUAUGUGGAGCUUCUUCGCGCCCGUCUGCAUCAUCGUCAUCCUCAACAGCUUUUUUUUCAUCAUCACUGUGUGGAAACUGGCCGAAAAGUUCUCCAGCCUCAACCCGGACCUCUCCAAACUCCGCAACAUCAGGGGUUUCACGGUGACCGCAGUGGCUCAGUUGUGUGUUCUUGGAGGGAUGUGGGUUUUCGGCUGCUUCCUCUUCCAGGAAGAAGGAACUCAGGUCAUGUUGUACCUCUUCACCAUCCUCAACAGCCUCCAGGGGGCGCUCAUCUUCAUCAUGCACUGCCUGCUGUCCAGACAGGUCAGAGAAGAGUAUUGCAAGCUGAUUAGCAGGAUCUGCUCAGAUGAGGAGAAGAAAUAUUCAGAUUUCAGCACCAAUCAAUCCAGCAACAGUCAGCGACCUCUACGGAGCAAUCCGAGCACCGCAGAGUCCAAGAUAUAGAGCGCCAGUCACGUCCUGGAGGAUCUCUAGUGAUGUUUGACCUCCAAAGACACAAGGGAGCGCAACUUCUCACAGGGCACAUGGGACAGAUUUCCGCUGAGAAGAUCUUAAACUGCUUUCUUUCUGUCUGUCAUGCAAGAAUAUUUCAGGUGUGUGCUCGUCACACUAGAGGCGGAUUUGAAACAUUUCAGCCAAAACGGCUAGAGUAGUAAAAUGUGUAGGUCCGUUUUCUUCCUCUAAUGGUCUUUGGAGACACCUUAGCUGUUCUUUGUCAUGCCUUUAGUGGAAAACGUCCUACUUUACAUGUAAAAGGCAGCUUUCAUUUGCUUACAGUUGAGAACAUGAUGUUUGAAGAACUAUUCUUAAGAAUACGCCUUAAUCUAUUAUUAAUCACAGAUGCAGGUUUAUGUGAUCUGCACUUACACGCCACUUUACGUCCUCAAGCUGUUGGGAAAUUUGACCUCUAUUUAUGUGGGAAACAGGAGAGGUACUUUAGAUUAAUUAAGCUAUUUUAACAGUUGCAUUGCACAGAGCAGGUCUUAAUUAAUGUCAAAGACUUAUCCUCUUAAAAAUCCAAGUAAUACUAGUCCUGAAACUAUACUAUCAGAGAUUUAAGCAGAAGCAUGCAUGCGCCUUGAAUUUGUUCAGGCCAUUGUUUCACAUUUGAAAAAGAAACAGAAGAGACACAACAGACUCUAGCAUUGAUGAGCGUUUCUGUGAGGGGUUUAGGAGAUUCACCCAAAUCCAUAGUUUAAAGACUUUAAAUGGGUUAUAACAAUUGCAGAGACAGGAAGAAUAUGACGCUUGCAUUGACCGCCAAGUGUGGUUUUGAAAGGCUAUGUGUUUGCGUCAAACGUAUAACGUAUACUUAGGGCUUAAGUGUCCUCAUUUUAAGAACAAAGUGAUUUUGUAAGAAGAUCAAGCUAAUGCCAAACUUUUUAAAACUCUUGCUUCUGCAACACAAACAUUUUUUGUUUUGUUUUAUAAAGCUAUCUAUUGAAUGUGAAAUUAUGAUAUUUGAUUAACACAAAUGUUUUAUUUUACAUUUUCCGCAAUGGAUAUUUUUUAUCUUUAGAUGAAAAAACGGUUAUUUUUUUAAGUUGAUUUGUUAUGUGGUCUACAACUAUACUUGAUUUCUGAUUGUAACGUAACUUGUACGUGUCAUGUGUUAUUGAAUUUCAGUUCAGAUUUAUACAAUAUGAGGGAAAUAAGAGGGAAUAUCAUUUUCUGAUGUGGUACUGCCAUGUUUUUUUUUUAAGUAAAUAUUUAAAAAUCG